AUGGCUCUUGCGUACACAUAUUCCUUUCUUCUCUUCCUCCUUUUCUUAUCCCCAAACACAUCCCAAGCCACCUCUCGAGCCCCCAACCGCAUGCUGGCUAUGGUACAGCAACAACCCCUUGUCCUCAAGUACCACAAGGGUCCACUCCUCAAGGGCAAUAUAACCCUCCAUCUCAUAUGGUACGGUGCCUUCACCCCUACACAACGCUCCAUAAUCCUCGAUUUCAUCCAAUCCCUAAGCGCCAUGUCAUACCACUCCCCUUCCGUCUUCUCAUGGUGGCAAACCACCCAGAGCUACAGGGGAGGCCCCUCCACCCUCGUCGUCGGGAACCAAAUCCUCGACCACACUUACUCCCUCGGCAAAUCACUCAAAACGCGCCACCUCCUCGCACUCGCCUCCAACCCCAAACUAACUUCCCCACCACGCGGUCGCGCUGUCCACGUCAUCCUCACAUCCGCUGACGUGGUAGUCGAGGACUUCUGCAUGAACCAGUGCGGCACCCACGGGUCGGGUCGGGUCAACAAACGGAGCGGAAAGAAGAUAGCGUACGCUUGGGUGGGUAAUCCUGUCACACAGUGUCCGGGUCAGUGCGCGUGGCCCUUCCACCAACCCGUUUAUGGUCCUCAAACGGCGCCGUUAGUAUCACCGAACGCCGACGUUGGGAUUGACGGGAUCGUUAUAAACUUGGCAACAGUUUUGGCGGGGGUAGUUACGAAUCCUGCGCCGCUUGAGGCAGUGUCGGCGUGCACCGGCGUAUUCGGGAAAGGAGCGUAUCCGGGUUAUGCGGGUAACGUUUUGGUGGAGAAGACGACGGGUGCUAGCUACAACGCGGUGGGUGUGCGUGGCCGGAAAUUCUUGCUUCCGGCGAUGUGGGACCCACGCACCUCCGCGUGCAAGACCCUCGUCUGA